UGUCGCCAUGCAUACUGUAACUAUUUUGCAAGCGGUGGCAUUUUAGAACAUUGCUCUUUACUUCAAGAAUAAUAAAACGACUCCGUCUUUAUUAUGGAGGACUUUUCCACUGGAGCUUGAUGGGUUUAUGUAAAUUUAAGAGAUAUGUUAGCGGGCCAACUUUGUCAUUGUUUUCAGGAAAAGUCAGUUUCAGCUAUGAAAGAACUCUAAGAGAGCCAAGACAACUCCUAGCUGAAAGUGGAUAAUGAAAUCACACUGACUAUUAAGUGGCGACGACAGAAAUAAUGCCAGAUAAUUAUUAGUCGAGAGAUCAUCAGACAUACGCAGUCACUGAGCGUGUUAAUGCAGAUAUGAGUUCCUCUGUGUCACUUUGCUCUGCCGCUUGCUCUCGACCGCACGCAAUUACGCCUCCUGCGGAGCUCUAUGCAAGCGUUAAACGAAACAUUAGCACCUCAUUUAAAAAAUAAAACAGCUUUUCACAAGGACAGACAGCUCCCUGGGUAGUCUUGCUAUGUGGAGAUUAAGCAAUUUAGCAAUCUAGCCUAUCUCUCACACUCCCUCACAAGAGAUACAGUAACCAUAUUUGCCUCAGUGCGUGUACAUGUUGCAUUUACAGUGACUAAUUAUUUUACAAAAAUGGGGGUAAAUAUCUGUUUAAGCAAAAUGAAUUUAAUCUGGGGCUCUUCAAACAUUAAAAAUAGGGUGAAUGAUUACAAAAAACCCCACAAAAUUAAUUAAUUGGAAUUCAUAUUAACUUGAACCUAGACUUGCCACGAUUGAAAGGAGUAUAGUCCAACAUUUUGAUAUUUUUAAAAGAAGGUUUUCGUACUAAUAUCUUUUAUAUUGUGUGCAUGUUAUUGGUGGUCAGUGUAAACAAAGUCAUUUCAGGACCACUUUUUUUUUUUUCAGGACACCCUUGAAUGACUUCACCACGGGCCCGCCCCCACCACGACGUGAUUGGUGGAUACCGUUCGGGGGCGUGACCUGCCAGCCUCUUGUGUAUAUAUUCACCACUUGGUCUGCUCGCUGCUGAUUUACAUGACAACCAAUAAUAAAGGAGUAACAAACACGCUGAACGUGCUCCUGAUCGGAAAAGACGAGACGAAGACGCACGUUUUCUGUUUGUUUGUUUGUUUGUUUUGGUCCUGGACGCAGAGGAUUUGUGUGCGUUUCGGUGGGGAAAGGAUAGCGACAGCGCAGAAAGCAGAAGACGGUGGAUUCUCCUCUCAGCCAUCUUGACUGCUGCUCGCCUCGCCGCACUGAAGGUUGCCUCCUCCUGCUCCAUUCAAAGUAAACACAGCCGUGCCCGCCACUCGCAACUCCAUGCCAGCCCCACGGAGAGGCGAGAUGGGCUCGCUGCGUGAAAUUUGACCGGACUGAAGGUGGGGGGUGGAGGAUUGACGGCAGUAUUUUGGAGCAGGUAAAGAAAAAAAAAAACAAAAGCAAAGGAGUAGAGACGUGCCACUGCUUGGAGAGAUGGAACCAGACCUGUUUGGGAUUUACCUGUUCCUCUCUCUCGCCCUCCUGCCCAGAUCCAGCUGCACCACCGCCAAGGAGAUCACCUGCCAGGAAAUAGCCGUGCCCCUGUGUAAAGGCAUCGGCUACAAUUAUACUUACAUGCCGAACCAAUUCAACCACGACACGCAGGACGAAGCGGGCUUGGAGGUCCAUCAGUUCUGGCCUCUGGUGGAGAUCCAGUGCUCUCCCGAUCUCAAGUUCUUUCUGUGCAGCAUGUACACGCCUAUCUGUCUGGAGGACUACAAAAAGCCCCUGCCGCCGUGCAGGAGCGUGUGUGAGAGAGCCCGGGCCGGCUGCGCGCCCCUCAUGAGGCAGUAUGGCUUUCCCUGGCCGGACCGCAUGAAAUGUGAUCUGCUGCCGGUGCAAGGCAACCCUGACACGCUUUGUAUGGACUACAACAGAACAGACUCGACAACCGUGUCGCCCGUCCUCCCCAAGCCAACCAGCCAUCCCAAAACCAAGCCAGGUAGACCCAGUCCGCCAAGGAAGUACAAGCCUGCCGCGGGCUCCUGCGAGCCAGGAUGUAAAUGUCUGGAGCCCAUGGUGCCCGUCAGCACUGAGCGCCACCCGCUGUACAACCGCGUGAAAACUGGCCAGAUCACCAACUGUGCUAUGCCUUGCCACAGCCCCUAUUUCACCCACGACGAGCGGGCCUUCACCGCCUUCUGGAUCGGCCUUUGGUCCGUGCUGUGCUUCGUGUCAACUUUUGCCACAGUUGCCACCUUCCUAAUAGACAUGGAGCGCUUCAAGUAUCCCGAGAGACCCAUCAUCUUUCUGUCCGCCUGUUACAUGUUCGUGUCCGUGGGCUACAUCGUCAGGCUCAUCGCCGGCCACGAGAAGGUGGCUUGCAGCAGGGACUUGGACGUUGAGCACAUCCACUAUGAGACCACCGGGCCUGCACUGUGCACAGUGGUCUUCCUCCUUAUUUACUUCUUCGGCAUGGCCAGCUCCAUCUGGUGGGUUAUUCUGUCUUUGACUUGGUUCCUCGCAGCUGGGAUGAAGUGGGGCAAUGAAGCCAUUGCCAGCUACUCCCAGUACUUCCAUCUGGCAGCGUGGCUCAUCCCCAGCAUGAAGUCCAUAGCGGUCCUGGCUCUGAGUUCUGUGGACGGGGACUCUGUGGCUGGGAUCUGCUACGUUGGCAACCAGAACCUCGACAACCUGCGUGGCUUUGUCCUCGCACCUCUAGUGAUUUAUUUAUUCAUAGGGACGAUGUUUCUUUUGGCCGGGUUCGUGUCUCUAUUCAGGAUCCGCAAUGUCAUCAAGCAAGGUGGCACCAAGACUGAUAAACUGGAGAGGCUCAUGAUUAGAAUCGGGGUAUUCACAGUGCUCUACACGGUUCCGGCCACAAUCAUCGUGGCGUGUUACUUCUACGAGCAGCACAGUCGGCAGAACUGGGAAAUAACCCACAACUGCUCAAACUGUUUACACGAAAGGGACCGCAGCAGGCCGGACUACGCCGUCUUUAUGUUAAAGUACUUCAUGUGCCUUCUGGUGGGCAUCACAUCCGGAGUGUGGAUCUGGUCCGGCAAGACUUUGGACUCUUGGAGGACUUUCUGCACCAGGUGCUGCUGGGGCAGCAAGGCCACGAGCGGCUCUAUGUACAGCGACGUGAGCACGGGCCUGACGUGGAGGUCGGGCACGGCCAGCUCUGUGUCUUGCCCCAAGCAGAUGCCAUUGUCACAGGUUUGAAUAAGACAAAAAAAGAAAAGAAAAGCAGCUUAUGGGGACUGCUAAUUGUUUGGGAGAUAACCCAUCACACCCUGUCUUAAGCAAUUUGCAUUGUAAAGAACUGCUGCUGAGGUGCUGCCCUCCUUCCUCCCCUAAACUUUGGGGGGAACAUUGAAACAAUGUCCCACGCAUUCACACAGGUUGAAUUCCACCUCUGCUUAUACCAAUUAGAGGCUCAUCUCCAAUUAUGGGGGCAUUACUUCUUGUAGCCAGUUCUUAAAUUUCAUACAAAGAGCAUUUUUUAAUUAACUUUUUUUAUCUAUCUUGUGCCAGAAAACGUGAAAAUGUCAAUCAUGUCAAAGAUGGUUUAAAUUAAGCCUUAAUAGUGUCCCGGAGUUUCCCCCCCCAUGGGUCAUUCAUUUUGUAAUUUCAAAAAAAUGUAUUUAUAUGAAACUUGUGUAAAUUUGUGUAUAGAAAGAAAAGUUUAUAACUAUUGUAUAUUUGUACAAAGUGUAGAUGUCUUUUUGUGGAAGAGCAAACAAAAAAUAUGACUUCUAUUUUGACAAUAAAACAUUUGAUAAAUUUCAAAA